UUGUUUGAACCGGUGGUUUGUUCCCUGCCCAUAAAAAAUACUAUCAAAUAGAAUUAUUGUUAGUGAUGGUUUGUUAUUAACUUGAUUUGUUUUUAGUAGUACUGUGAUAUUGUUGCUGAUAUAAAUUUAUGCUAGAGUGGCCUCUUUCACGCUGAUAUCACUUCUUUUUGGGAAGCAGUAAACAAGAUCUGAUACCGUAGUCAUAAUGGCAUGUAAUUUCCAAAGUUUAAUUGUCCAAGCUUUCAAUGUAUGAAACCCGGUCAGCAACGUACAAAAUGAUGAUGUCCAAAGCGCCCAAGAGUAGGCAGAUACAGGAGAUGCCUCCUGCCUUCUCUCCAGUAACUUCACCAUACGAGCUGGUAGAACUCUCUCCCAUCAAGAACCCUGUAUUAUCCUGUCUGAGGAUCGCCAAAGCCAUCUUCCUCGGUGAUGUGGCUGUCGGUAAAACCUGCAUUAUAAAUAGAUUUUGUCAUCAGGCCUACGAUCACAACUACAAAGCAACGAUUGGUGUUGAUUUUGAAGUGGAGAGAUUUGACAUUAUGAGCACUCCAUUUAAUGUCCAAAUAUGGGACACAGCUGGUCAGGAGAGGUUUCAAUGUAUAGCUUCAUCAUAUUACCGUGGCGCUCAUAUUGUGGCAGUGGUGUUUGACUUGACUUCUGUGCACUCUCUAGUAAGCUGUGGCAAGUGGCUUAAAGAAGCCCUCAAGGUCAACCCUCAAUCUCCUCUCAUUUUUCUUGUUGGCAACAAGAUGGAUCUAUUGUCACAAGCCGCGCUGGCUGAAAUGGACCGCAUGGCGAGUAGAACGGCUGCACGGCUUGAGGCCGAGUAUUGGCCUGUGUCUGCCCUCACCGGCGAGAAUGUUACGGAAAUGUUCCGCAGGAUGGCAGCUCUAGCAUUCAGCAGACUGUUGUGUAGUGAGAUGAACAACCGCCAGCAGCCCAUUUCCAUUGGCACCAUUGAUAUAUCUAGGAAGCAGUCUACAAAAGAUUCAAGGAAGAAAAGCAAUUGUACAAACUGCAACAUCUAAAGCAGCAACUGCACUGUCCUUACACUGCUAUACUCUAGUCAAUUUGUGUUCUCUCUACUCUAUAUGUGUUCAAUAUAUUUUAUUAAUGUUUUAUAUACAAUAGAGUUUAUAUUUUUAGAACCUUUAUACAAACAUUUAUACUGUAACUUAUUGUAAUAAAGUGAUAUUCUACAAUA